GAACUUAUUUAAAAAAAUGUUUAAUCGUUUUUAGAUUUUUAUUAAAAUUCUAUUUGGAUAAUAUCAGAAAAUGUUUCAUCUAUUGUGCAAUGUUGAGAAAGUUUAAUAGCAUUUCUUUGAGAAACACAGAAAUAUUUCUGAAAAUGUUAGUUUCAACUCAGCAACAAUCAAGUUCUCAAGAUUUAGAAAUUUUAAAAUGUUUAUCUGCUGAACAAAAGAAAGUUUUAGAUAUUGUCAAAAGUGGCAGGAAUGUGUUUAUAACCGGAUCUGCAGGUGUUGGAAAGUCUUUUCUUCUAAAUGAAUUGAUCAAGUCACAAACAAAGAAAGGUGUUUAUGUUACAGCGAGUACUGGUGUUGCAGCAUGUAAUAUUAAUGGUACUACCUUACACAGCUUUGCCGGUAUUGGUCUAGGAAAUAAACCAGCUUCAAUAUUAGCAUUUGAUAUUUUGAAAAAACCUUAUAAAGUUGAAGCUAAAAAACGCUGGUUGGGUUGCAGGAUAUUAGUUAUUGAUGAAAUUUCUAUGAUUGAUGCUGGUUUGUUUUCAACAGUUGAGGAAGUUGCUAGAAUUGUCCGAAAUAAUGAUUCUCCUUUUGGCGGCAUUCAAGUUAUUCUGUGUGGAGAUUUUCUUCAGCUUCCUCCUGUAAAUGUUAAAAAGUUUGCAUUUGAAACUCAAGCUUGGAGAGAUGUUGUACAUGAAACAGUUGUUCUCAAAAAAGUUUUUAGACAGAAACUUGUUGGUUUUGUUUCAUUGCUUAAUAGACUUCGUAUUGGUUAUCUAACCCCUCUGGAUAUUGAAGUAUUAAAACAUUGCAAAGGCACAGCUUUUCCAGAUGAUGGUAUUAAAGCAACAUGCUUAUUUCCACAUAAAGCAUCAUGUGACAAAUUGAAUCAAGCAGAGCUCUCAAAAUUACCUGGGAAGAUGUUUACCUUUGAAGCAGUUGAUUGGUUUAAAAAUUCAAUGGCUCAAGAGCAACUUAACAAAACCUCCAGAUAUUUUAAAGUUCUCAAUUUAAAAGUUGGUGCGCAGGUUAUGCUCUUGAAUAAUUUAAGUGUUUCAAAUGGAUUAGUUAAUGGAGCAAGAGGAGUUGUGACCAAAUUUAUGAGUCUAAAGGAAUCCAAGAAUCCUAAUGAAACCGGUUUAAUAGAAUUUGAAGAAAGUGAGUAUCCAAGAUAUCCGGUGGUGAAGUUUGUAAACAAUUUGGAAUUACUUAUCACCCCUGAUCAAAUCUCAACGGAAGUAGCUUGGGAAGUUAUAAGUUAUCGGAAACAAUUACCUCUUGCUCUUGCAUGGGCUGUCAGUGUUCAUAAAGCACAGGGUAUGACGCUUGAACGUGUUGAACUAAGUAUUGCUAAUGCUUUUGAACAUGGUCAAGCUUAUGUAGCAUUGUCCCGAGUGACUAGUUUAAAUGGUUUACUGCUCAGAGACUUUGACUCCGCUAAAGUAUCAGCACAUCCAAACGUGAUUGAGUAUUACAAACAAGUAGAUCCUCUGUUUGAAAGCUUUGCGGAUGCUGGAGAAGAGGAGCUGAAGGGUUUUAUUUCAAAUAAAACAACUUUAGCACAAAAAGUUGAACUUAUCCAUGGUAAUCAACCGGAUAAUCACUGUAUUCCGUCGGCUAUUAGUAAAUUGAAUAACGGCUUAAACGAUUUGAAGACACACACUGAAGCAGAUUCUCCUACUGCACUUGUUUUAAAAAUGGCCGAAGAAAAAAUAUCACAUUGUAGAAAAACACUUAGCGAAAUCGCCGAUACUCUUAGAGGAGGCAGCUUAACGGGUGAGAAGGUAAAGUCAGAAGUUUCUAAGGUACAAGUUUUUAAGUGUAGCGAAAAUUUUGACAUAAAAACAUUAUCAAAUGAAUGUAAUCCGAUAGUCAUAGAUUCCGAUGAUGAUCUGAACAACACACUUUUCGAUGAUACUAAUUUUGACAAUGAUAUUAUAAACGCACCUUCUAUAUCUUAUACAACGUACAAUAGUUUAUCAAAAACUUACUUAAAAAAUAAAAGCAAAGACUUGUUGACAGCUCAUCCACCCGUUGAAUCGCAAAACAAAAGAACUCGAAAGUCAGAAAAUAGUUCAUUCUGUCAAACCAUUACAGCCUUAGAACAGUCAAACUCAGACGAAUAUUUGACUAACAUUGAAUACAAGAAUUAUACCAAAAAUAUGCUUACAUUAAAAAAAUGUCAAAUAAAAGAAAAUUAUAGAAACGCCGUUUUAAAACGUUUGAACUCGAUUGAUAAAUUUAAAUGACUUAUUUUUAUUUUUAAUAUAUAUUUUUUUGUUGUUGUUGCAAAAAUUGACACAAAAGUCUUCAUUUAGAAUUGGUUUAUCUAAGUAGAGUAAAUUAAUUGAUAAGUGAGUUCAACUUAACGCUACGCUACUUAGUUAACUCACUGGUCUUAAAGUAAUAACUGGAUAACGUAUUCUAUUGUUGUUGUGUUU